AUGGAAUCCUGUGAAGGCGAAGACCUUCAACUGAAACGCGAGUAUUGCAACAUGCAAACAUGGUGGAUGGAUGCGAUGACCAGCUCACGGUUGUUCUCAGUAAGAUUGGCCGUUCGUGGUACACUCAAUCUACUAGAGAAGAGUGUCUGGGCAGAGACCCAGUCCUAUACAUUCGACCUACGGCUGAUCUUGGGCCCUGGCAAUCAGCUCCUGAUACUAGAGGCUUGA